AUGAAAACCUAUUAUCUACUUCCCAACAUGGUUUCAGACCUGGUCAUUCCACUGUAACUGCUUUACUAGAAAUCACUGACAGGUUAUAUAAUCAUAAUACCGACACUGGUGAGCUGAAUGGAGUCGUCUUUCUUGAUCUCAAGAAGGCGUUCGACACAGUUAAUCACCAAAUACUAUUAAAUAAACUUAACUGUUACGGUAUAACCGGAACUGCCCACAAAUGGUUUGCAUCAUACUUAUAUCCAAUCGCUCACAGUAUUGCCAG